UGUACGGACAGCGGCCAGCAGGGAAGCGCGCGCGGGGCGGAUGGCAGUGACGUAACCGAGUCGCUCUUCAUUCUUCAAGUCGCUGCGUUGGAAGCGGAGCGGAGCGGCGGCGCUGCCGGACUGACGAGCGGAGAGCGCGCGCACACAGAAAGUCCGCCGCACGGUUUCGGGAUGCGCAAAUUAACACAUUUCCGACUUCACUUCACCUCAAGUUUUUUGAGGCGAACGUCUGCGUGGAAAACUGCUAUGCAACGACAGCUUAUAUGAAAUAAAGUGAAGAAAGAAGAAGAAAAAAAUCUUUAUUUUUAAUUUUUUUAUUUUUUUUUCCACAAAAUAUUUUUUGUCUUUUCUUUUUUUUUUUGUUUUCAUUAUGGAGAACAUUUCGAACUCCGACAGCGUGAACCCCCAAUGCAACUUUUACUACUACGGCUUUCCCAACCGGACUGAUCUGAACUGUACGCCCCCGGCGGACUACUCCUUUUACGCAGAUCUCUACGUGGUUCUCCCGGUCAUCUACUCCGUGAUCUGCGCGGUGGGCUUGACCGGGAACACGGCGGUGAUUUAUGUGAUCUUGAAAGCGCCCAAGAUGAAGACGGUCACCAACAUGUUCAUUCUGAACUUGGCCAUCGCAGAUGACCUCUUCACUCUGGUCCUGCCCAUCAGCAUCGCCGAGCAUCUUCUGCACUACUGGCCCUUCGGAGAAGUGCUCUGCAAGAUCAUUCUGAGCAUCGACCACUACAACAUCUUCUCCAGCAUCUACUUCCUCACCGUGAUGAGCGUGGACCGCUACCUGGUGGUGGUGUCCACGGUGCGCUCCAAGCGCAUGCCGUACCGCACGUACCGGGCGGCCAAGAUCGUCAGCCUGUGCGUGUGGCUCCUGGUCAUCCUCAUCGUGGUGCCCUUCACGGUGUUCGCGGAGGUCUACAUCAGCCCGGACGACGAGCGCAAGAGCUGCGUCCUCAGCUUCCCCAGUCCGGAGGGUUCUUGGUUCAAAGCCACCCGGAUUUACACCCUCAUCCUCGGCUUCGCCAUCCCCGUGUCCACCAUCUGCAUCCUCUACACCAUGAUGCUCUACAAGCUGCGCAACAUGAGACUCAACACGAACGCCAAGGCGCUGGACAAAGCCAAAAAGAAAGUCACCGUCAUGGUCUUCAUUGUUCUGGCCGUGUGCUUGUUCUGCUGGACGCCCUUCCAUCUCAGCACCAUCGUGGCUCUCACCACGGACCUGAAGAGCACUCCGCUCGUCAUUGGGAUCUCUUACUUCAUCACCAGCCUGAGUUACGCCAACUCCUGCCUGAAUCCGUUCCUCUACGCCUUCCUGGACGACAGCUUCAGGAAAGCCUUCAAGAAGAUGCUAGAAUGUAGAACUGCUUGAACAACAACAAAAAAACAGCCUUCUGAUCUAUAGCUGGAACUGGAUGGAGUCUGAACUGUCACUAAUAACAUUAUAUACAUAAAUAUCUAUUAAUAACAUUAAUAUACAGCUCCAAAAAAAGAGACG